AUGGACCGAGCACGGCAGCGAUACUCGGUCGAAGCUGCCGGCUUUUUGCAGGCGCGAAUAGUCGGGGCGACAGCUCAGGGAAAGGUCCACAGAGAGUCAAUCACUGAUGGUUGCCCAAACCCCCCCCACUUCAGUGCUCCAGUCUCAGAUGGCACCUUGAUCCUUGAUAUUGAGCGACUGUGCCCCGACUCAGACUUGCUGACUAUCGAAGCGUCGCAUAUCCCAGGACUCAACCCUCCCCUGAAGAGUGCCGGUCCUGCAUCCCGAGUAAGCUCGGCUACAAUAUUGCCAGCCACACACGCUCCUACAACGCGCAUAUCUCCCACGAGCCUGAUUUAAGCCUCACCAGGCAGGCGCGUGCGUGCGUCCCUUGCAGAAGCGAGCCGGGAGGGGGCACUUUAUCGGAUAAUUCCCCAUAGUCCCCCCCCAACCGACAGCCGAGGAUGGGAGGGGAAGCGUCCGGCGCGCGGCCAAAGGUGCUGCUACUAGGCGAGGUUGAGCUCGCUACCUCGGCCCUCGCGGAGCUCGAGCAGGUGGCCGAGGUGCUGACGCCGCAGUCGCGGGACCGGGCCUCCUUCAUGGCCGAGUGCCGGGCGGGCGGGCGGCUCGACGGCGUCGUGGCGGCGUACCGCACCUUUGACAGCGCGCGGGUGACGGGCCCCGUCGACGCCGAGCUCGCGGCGUCGCUCCCGCCGUCGCUGCGCUUCGUGUGCCACAACGGCGCCGGCUACGACCAGGUCGACGUGGCGGCCUGCACGGCGCGCGGCGUCCGCGUCAGCAACACGCCCGGGGCCGUCGACGACGCCACCGCCGACAUGGGCAUCUUCCUCAUGCUGGGCGCCGUGCGGAACGUGGCGGGGGGCAUGGCGGCGCUGCGGAGGGGCGAGUGGCGUGGCUUGUCCGGGGCGCCGCACCCGGCGCUGGGGCGCGACCCGCGGGGCAAGGUGCUGGGGGUGCUGGGCAUGGGCGGCAUCGGGAGGGACAUGGCGAGAAAGGCGGCGGCGGCGUUCGGCAUGCGCGUCCGCUACUAUAACAGGACCCGCCUGGCGCCCGAGGUCGAGGCCGAGUGCGGCGGCGCCGAGCUCGUGGGCUUUGACGAGCUGCUGGCCGGGAGUGACGUGCUGAGCCUGAACCUGCCGUUGAAUCCCAAAACCAGACACAUCAUCGGGGCCCCCGAGUUCGCCAAGAUGAAGCGCGGCAUCGUCGUCGUCAACACGGCCCGCGGUGCCGUCAUGGACGAGGCCGCCCUGGUGGCCGCCCUCGAGGACGGCACCGUGGCCGCGGCCGGGCUGGACGUGUACGAGAAGGAGCCCGAGGUGCACCCGGGCCUGCUGGCCAGCGACAGGUGCGUGCUCGUCCCGCACAUGGGCACCCACACGGUCGAGACCCAGGCCGCCAUGGAGGCGCUGGCCCUCGCAAACGUCGUCGCCGCCGUCAGGACCGGCCGCCUGCUCACCAAUGUCCCCGAGCAGAGCGGCCUCGACUUUUGAGGCCGCGGGGGCUGGGCUGGCGUUCGACUUCCUGGGUAAAUCGAGAAGAGACAAAUGGAUGAAUGCUAGAACAGGUCUUUCUACAUCACGUUCGUGCUUAUAGACAAGAGUUUUAGACAAAGACUUGACCAUACCCGCAGCUUUAAAGCGAUGUUGUUCUAGAAACUGCCUUGUAUCGCGCUUUCCCUCAACAUCGAGUUCACGUGGCAGCUAGGCCAUCAAAAACACAAAGCCCUAGCAGCGUCAUCAUAGGACGGGCAAACAAUCAGAUACCAUCAGAAACCAAUAUGUGUGCCAUCAGGCUCUGGCAUGUUAAAAGCCAGUUCUGGGGUUCAAUUCUCGAAAAAGUCGUCUUCAGGUCAAAUAAAGACAGGUAUCAUCAAACUGCUGCCAACGCCGAAC